AUGUCAGAGUGGGUCACCACAUCUCAGACGCUCACUACCUCAGCUCUGUGUACAGAUGAUGCUACUCUGAUCGGAGUGACCUCGAAUGACGACGAGUCUGUGUAUCGGGAGGAAGCAACAUGUCUGAUGUCAUGGUGUGCAAAUCAAACUGUGGACAUAGACGUCAGGAAGAAAUCCACCCUGCUGCCUUCACUGGAAAUACACAGUCAUCAGAAUCUGAAAAAUUCCCCUUCCUCAUACUGGAGUCUGUGUGUGCAAGGGCCCUCUGGUCCUCUAGUGGCCCAGUUAGGACACUCUGUCCUGCUGCUGUACUUCACUCAGGUCCCCCUGCCUCUGGAAUGGAGAAAGACAGACUCAGAAUCUCUGGUGAACAUCUUCCAGCACAGAGAAAACAGGCCAGAACUUCAGAGUCAGUCUUUUAGCGGAAGGGCGCACUUUUUCCCAGAUGAGAUAUUGAAAGGGAACUUCUCCAUCUUACUCAGAAAUGUGGAAAGAAAGGAUGCUGGAAUUUACAGGUGCAAAGUUAAUACAAUCAAAGAGUCCAGGCAAGUUCUGGUGGAAAUCGAAGAUGCAGAGCGUCUAGUGGUGACAGGAGCAGAUCGUGCCGUGGUUGCCUCUGUGGGUGAGGAGGUCAUACUGAACUGCUCUGUAGACUCUCAUCUACCAGCCAACAAAAUAGAACAAGUGUCCUGGAGAAGGACGGACGGAGACAUCCCGGUCCUGCUCUUUCAAGACAACGAGACCUUCCCGGAGUCUUCACAUGAGCGUUAUCAGGGAAGAACUGAGUUCUUCAUCACGGAAAUUCCCAAAGGAAACUUCUCACUAAAGCUGAGGAAUGUUAAGAUGGAGGACAAAGGGGAAUUCAUGUGUGAAGUCCACACUAGUGACAAGUCAGGAUACGCCAUUGUGGUUCUGCAAAGAAUCGUUUAUACCAAAACGGUCAUGCAGAUUCAUGCUUCUCUGGUCCUCUGCCCCAAUGCCUGCAUGUUUGCUGCUUCCAUCUUACUGUCAAACAAAACUGAACUCACAGCAGCGUAG